GUGACCCACUGACGUUCAUUCACGCCACGCGCUAAACCGGAAGCCAAACAAGGAAUUCAAACAACCCUACGUGUCACUACGGGUGAGAGGAUCCUCCGCGCUACCCGGGAAGUCCGCCGCGCAGAGAUUUAAACAUGAAGGCUCUGAUUCUGGUUGGGGGGUACGGGACCCGGCUGCGACCGCUCACCCUCAGCGUCCCCAAACCACUGGUGGAGUUCUGCAACAAACCCAUCCUGCUGCACCAGGUGGAGGCGCUGGUCAAGGCCGGAGUGAACCAUGUGAUCCUGGCUGUGAGCUACAUGUCGGAGCUGCUGGAGAGGGAGAUGAGAGUCCAGGAGCAGAGGCUCGGGAUCCGGAUCUCUUUGUCCCACGAGACGGAGCCUCUGGGAACCGCCGGGCCGCUGGCGUUGGCUCGAGAGCUGCUGAACAUCGACGACGAACCGUUCUUCGUCCUCAACUCGGACGUCAUCUGCGACUUUCCCUUCCAAGAUCUGCUGCAGUUCCACCGGAACCACGGCAAGGAGGGAACCAUCGUGGUGACGCGGGUGGAGGAGCCGUCCAAAUACGGCGUGGUGGUGUUUGAGGCGGAAAGCGGGAAGAUCCAUCGCUUCGUGGAGAAACCGCAGGUCUUUGUCUCCAAUAAGAUCAACGCCGGCAUGUACAUCUUCAAUCCCAGCAUGCUCAGCAGGAUCCAGCUGAGACCGACAUCCAUCGAGAAGGAAAUAUUCCCCGUCAUGGCGGAGGAGAGCCAGCUGUACGCCAUGGAGCUGCAGGGUUUCUGGAUGGACAUCGGUCAGCCCAAAGACUUCCUGACGGGGAUGUGCAUGUACCUGCAGUCGCUGAGGCAGCACGCUCCCGACAGGCUGCACACGGGACCCGGUUUCCUUGGCAACGUCUUGGUGGACCCCUCCGCACAGAUCGGACAGAACUGCACCAUCGGGCCCAACGUCACCAUCGGCGCCGGCGUGGUGGUGGAGGAUGGCGUGAGGAUAAAGCGCUGCACGGUGCUGAAGGGAUCCAGAGUUCGAUCGCACUCCUGGUUGGAGAGCUGCAUUGUGGGAUGGAGCUCCUCCGUGGGUCAGUGGGUGCGCAUGGAGAACGUGACGGUGCUGGGGGAGGACGUCAUUGUGAACGACGAGCUUUACCUGAACGGCGCCAACGUCCUGCCCCACAAGUCCAUCAAUGAGUCGGUCCCAGAGCCGCGCAUCAUCAUGUAGCACCAGGAGGUUCUGUUUGGGCCGGACAGACACCCCAAGGGUGCCUCAGAGUGGGGGGGGGCGGGUGGAGGAGGAACUAAAAGCUCUUUUUUUUUCUGUUUGAUUGUUUUGGACAAGUUCUGGCCCUGCUCAGCUGCUCAGAGAGCAGGACUGUUAGCUGAACGUCUGACCCCAGGUUCUGAUCCAGACUGACGGACGGGGGCUGGAGCACUUGGUGGAGGGAUAAAUGGGGGGGGGGGUGUUUGGGGUAGACGGGGAAACGACAGUCACUUUCCAUGUGUAGAUUGAGUAGAUCCUCAGUGGAGCUGCGCGUUUGGACCAUGACCUUCAGAACCUCCAUGGCCGUGGAGGCGGGAGGAGCCCGACGCGCAGAGUGGAGGAUGCUGGGAUUGUUUGUGUGCAUAUCUGAAUGUGGAUCCGCCUUCACUGUUCAGGGGCGGAGCUUAAUAAAUGUUGGGUUGAGCAGACGACAGGAUGCAGCAGUUCUGUAGUCUGUUAGGCUGCAUCUGUCUUCAGUCCUAAAAAGAAAUGCCUUCAGAAGGACCCCCCCCCCCUGCUGAAAAACCAGGUUUUGUCUGGGGGGGGUUGUUUUAUCCAGUCAUUGUGUGUUACUGAUCAAUGGCAGACUCCUAAAUGCUGCAGCUCCUUCUGGAGACUCGGUUUCCUCCUCAGAGACGAAGCUCUGCACUGAACCUCCUCCAGCUGGAAUCCGUUUGACUGAAAGACUCACCACUGCAGAUGCAGGCUGGCUUCUGCCAUCACCUGCACACUCUGGUUUACUCUGGAACUAACCAUUUCCCUCUGGAGUCUCUUUCUGUGGGCUUCAGGCUGUUUUCUGUGAAAGCUGCACGUUCCAGCUGGAAGCCUGGAAGGAGGUGUGACCUCCAUCCAGGUGAGAUCUUGGUGGCUGACGGUCCUCUCCAGCCAUCAUCCUGCAUGAUGUGAAAGGAAAUGUUGGAUCCGAUGCUCCUCAGACCGACUUCCUCUCUGACAUCAUGAAUUCUGUGAUCGAAUCAUUUUCUCUGCUGAAACUUUCUGCAUUCUUCGUUCAGGUGAAGGACGCGCGCGGCCCACCCGACACUAAAAACUGGUUUCUACGGUCUGCACUUUGUGAAUGAGGCUGUUCAGAGCCAUGUACUUCCUGUCUGAAUGAAGAUUGUUCAUGAAAUGAAGUUUUUUUUUCUAAAGAAGUUACUGACAUCUGUU